AUGACGACAGGCGACGGCACUAUGCAUCAGAAGACUGACGAAAGACUGGGCCAUCACCAGUCCAUGAGCCAAAUGCUGUACGGCACCAGCUUAGGACCAGGACGAUCAGGGUCAUCAUCAUCAUCCCCUGUGGGGGGUGCCAACACGGGGAGCGGGUUGCUCGUGGUCCCCCAGCCCCUCGGAAAGGGCCCCACCAAGUUACAACCCCUACAUGCGCACGCGAGGAAGUACCACUGCAAAAUGUGUCCGCAGGAGAUCCAAGAUGGCGUCGAUGGCGAAAUGAUAAUGAGCCGGCUGUCACUCAUCAAAAUUCAAUUCGUCAACCGUAGACUAAACAAUAAAAAUAGUGAGGCUACAGUUAAAAUGACCGAGUUAAUCAAAACAGUAGCUGGAAUGUUAUCGCAAAAAUGUCAAAUACCGGAGCGAAGGAAAGCCGAGCGACUGACAAAAAGUCGCAUCGGCUAA